AUGCAGAAAUGGAUUCUUAAACUGGAUGAGGGUAAAUUUUCUGAGCCUAAUGACAGAAAUGCCGAAAUUGAAAUUUUUCCUGAACUGUUGAUUCAAAGAACAGACCAACCAAUUGCACUUAUUAUUCAAAGUACAUAUUCUGGUCUACUCGAUAAUUACUUGAAUAUAAAUUUUCUUAAGGCAAGAGGAAUAUUAGUUUCUACUAUUGAGACAGUUGACGAAAUCAAUGAAUAUGUCUUGGGUCUUGUUCCUAGUGGUGGAAAGGUUUAUGUGAUUUCAAAUUCAGUCGAUAAAUCUGAUGUAAGCAAUCCCUCGACCUAUGAAGUCAUAACAACGAAAUUUCUUAAUUCACUUAGGACACAAGGCUUACCAAAUCAAAUCAUCAAAUUGAAAGUUGGAACUCUAAUCAUGCUUUUGAGAAAUUUGGACCAAACCGGAUGGUUUUAUAAUGGUACCAGAUUAAUAGUCAUCAAAUUUGUUGAUCAUAUAUUAGAGGCAAAAAUGAUGUUUGGAACUCACGACAGAAAUGUUAUUUACAUUCUCAGAAUAACAACCUCACCUUCACAGUCACCUUGGCCGUUUAAACUAUCAAGAAGGAAGUUUAUGAAUAUUUCUUACGCAAUGACCAUUAAUAAGUCAAAAGAUCAAUCCCUCGAUUUUGUUGAGCUUUAUUUGCCUUAUUAUGUCUUCAUUCGUGGCCAGUUAUACGUUGAAGUUUCAAGGCUAGCCACACCCUCAUCGACUUCUACUUCGACUGUGACGGGAUUGUCAGCAACUGCUUCAACUUCGAUCGGAGUGUAA